GUCAGUAAUUUGAAAAGAAAUGCCAGAUCCUAUCAGUUUUUGUUAUAAGAGUAUUUAAAAAAUCUUUAAUAGGCACAACACCUAAAAUUUUCAGAAGAAAAGGGUGCAAAGUCUGCAAAAUUGUAAAUUGUAAAAAAUUAUAAAUUGUGAAAAAUCGUAUUUAGUCUUGUAAGUUUUGACCAAAAAUAACGCACAAACCUUUUAAACAUUUGUGCUUCGUGGGCAUUAUUGAUAGUUUUUUUUGUUUCUUAAAAACUUCUUUAUUUUGUUUGCGGUGACUUUUCUUUGUAACUAAAUAGAUAAAUAAUUAAAAAGAUUAAAUGUACAUUAAAGAUUAAAAGGUUCCCUAAACAAUCAUUGUAUAGAUAUCCCACGAGUUCUCCUGGGUACAACAGAAAUUACAUCCAAAAAUGAUACAGCAACUGCUUUCGCUGGUUCAAGUAAACCUCUUGGGUAUUCGUUUGGCGUCAUACAGUCUGGAAUAAUGGAGUUUAUAUCACAAGACGAGCCUUUGCAUGUGUCGGGUCUCGUUCGUGUGAGAUAUACACGUUUUCUCUUAAGCUUAUGAAGAAAUCAUUGUGCGCAAGUGUACACAUGCGUAGUCUAGCACAUAAAUGUUUAGCGGCAAAUGUUCCAGAGAAUUUGUAAUUUGUUUGCUGCGCACGCUUGCAUGUGUGUAGCCUCUUUUGGAACCCUUUUCAACAUUUAUAAGCUUGCCAACAUAUUUAUGUACAUAACAAUAAAUCACUGCUUACCUAUAUGUGUGCUUUGAAACAUGUGGUUUACAUGUUAUGAUGUUCAGUACGGUAUGCGAACGUGUCUUAGGUUCUUAAGUCUUCACGGGCUGUUCAGCCGGCCGGCAUAAAUAUCUGUUUGCCAAACUGAAAAAAUGCUUGUUUUUUUUUGUCGAAAGUCACCAAAAACAGUAAUAAAUUUGUAUUGAGUCUAAAACGGCUAUACAGACUACAGAAAAAUUUAACAGCGGCAUUGAAGAUAAACUGAGAAAUGGAAAACACCUCUCUUUGUCUAUGGACUUUAUAAAUUUCCAAUACUGUAUUUGCACACAUUGUGUGUUUUAACAUAAGCAGUUAGUUGACAUGCCGCUCAAAGCAGUCGGCCUAUUACUGGUUUUUACUGUGUAAAAUUUUGCGUAUGUUCGGUACACUCGUACUCAGCCUUAUUUUACGCUGUUUACGUACAUCCAUUAAGUAUGUAUGUAUGGAUGCGGGCAUACAUGUCUUGACCAAGGUUGGUCUCUGCAUUUUGUCUCAGUAACGUUUGAAACCUCGUGACGAUAAGUACGCUGCGCUUGUGUGACGGCACGUUUACAUCUUUUAAAUAAAAUGACUGCUUCCAGUAUCUUCGCCAAAUGCCUGUAAUUGAGUUAAAGUUAGGUUUUGUGCUUGAUACUGUUUCCAUAUUGUGAGUUCAAACCUAAUCAAUCAAAAUGCGGACCUAUUUAUAAUUACAGCCAUCGUCAUCAUUACCAUCAAGUUUUCUUCUUAACCAGUCGAAGGCUAUCCUUUAAAUAACCUUCGUUAUCUUCGCGACGUUUAUCAGUAUAAAAUCUUAUACAGAUAUGAUUCUACGAAUUAGUUGUGUCAUUGUUCAUAUCGUUAUCAUUGUUGCCGUUUUCACACUUUUAAUAACAAGCGGAUUAUCAGCAACCUUACAGCGACAGGAGCUUUCAAUAUCUGAGUGUGCUGUCAAAGUGGGCGAAUGUGAUGAGACUAAGGGUCGUCCAGUUUGCGGUACCGACGAUCAGACCUAUCCGACGCGCUGCCAUCUAUUGCGCGUCCAGUGCAGUGGUCAUCAAGUGAGCAUUAGAUAUCGAGGAUCCUGCAAAGCAUGCAAUGAAGCUCGUGAUUACGCUUUAAAGCACAGAACAAAAACACCACCAAAAUUUAUACCCCGAUGUAAAUCAGAUGGAACGUACGCUUUAAUACAAUGUUUAGCUGAUACUGGUUGCUGGUGCAGCGACAAAGAGGGAAAGCCGAUAGAGAAUACUUCGGUACGCAACGGGAAACCAAAAUGCCAUGACUACAGCAAAGCUAAUAUUAGACGUUCACCACCGCACACUACGGGAACUAGGCGCAGUACAAAGCGUAUCUGUAGUCAGACAGACCGGGCCUUGUUUAAUGGCAAUCUCUUUAAAAUAUUCCAAAGUGAAUAUAUACGUGUAUGUCAGCAAAAUGAAAAAGGGGGUUUAGGGAAGUUAAUGAAACCGUUUGCAAUGCGACACGAUAACGAAGUAACAGAUUGGAAAUUUGCCAAUUUGGAUGCAAAUGCAAACGAAAUAUUGGACAAAAAUGAGUAUCGUGAACUUAAGAAACUGGUGAAAAGGGCCGUCAAACCCAGACGAUGUGGACGUGCUUUUGGUAAAUUCUGCGAUCUUGACAAUGAUGCACGCUUGUCACGUCUGGAAUGGAAUAGUUGCUUAUCAAAAGAUAACAAUAAUCAUGCUGAUUUCGAGGACAACAGCGAAACAAAUUUUGACGAAGAUGAUGACAGCAGUCAACAACUUUACGAUGACGAAGCUGACUAUGAAGAUGACGAAGAUGAGACCGAUCACUUGGGCUAUAUUAAUGCAUUUGGUUCAUCUACGAAAUUUCCAUCUAUACAUUGUAUUUCGUUUUUGUCGUUUCUAGUUCUAAUUCCAAAAUCCCCAGAUUCCCCACUAAAAGAAACCGAAAAUGAAUCAGAUUGUUUAGCAGACCAGACAACUGCUUUGGAAGAACAAAGGCAUGGCAAUACCUUAAUAUACGUGCCAGAGUGUACAUCUGACGGUCGUUACCAACGAGUACAAUGCUACCGUUCAACACCAUAUUGUUGGUGUGUUAAUGAGGAGACCGGCAAAAAUAUACCUGGAACAUCAGUCAAAGACCGAAGACCACAAUGUGAUGCCGUUUAUACAAUAACUCGUCCUAUGAAGGGUUGCCCCGAACCAAGAAAGACAACCUUCAUUAUAGAACUUAAAGAAUACUUAAAGAAUCAUAUAAUUUCCGGCAUGAAGACUGGGAAUAUUAAUAUCAAUAAUACUAGCAUUGGCAUAUGGAACAAUGAGGAUGAACGCAUUGCUAGUCAAAGUUUUUUGGUACUAGAUAAAAAUAAAAAUAAAGCUUGGGAACGUAAAGAAUGGAAGAUAUUUCGUGAGUUGGUGACUAACACAAAGACAUUGCGAAAAUGCGGUAAAAAAAUGCCUCGGUACUGUGAUGUUAAUAGUGAUAAAAAAAUAACAUUAAAUGAGUGGUUAGCCUGCCUGCGGUCGCAAAGUUCAGAUACGUUGCAGCAUACCUCAGUUGACGAGUCAGAUUCGUCAAAACCUUUAAAACUUACCGGUUCAAAUCCUUUGGAGCAAUACCUUAAGGAGUAAAGCGCAGUAGCGGCCAAUUUGUAGGUUCGGCCUCCACACACGAUCUUCGUAAGAGAUGUAGUUAACUCAUUACAUGGACGACAAGAGAGAGUCCAAAAAGCCGCAAAAUCUUCUAUCCAAGAAACUGAUUUUUGCAUCUAAAGACUUUCGUGUUAUGUAAUAUUGUUCCAUAUAUAUUCAUACAAGUGCAUUGCUUGAAAUAUAAUAUAUAAUCUUUUUUAUAUAAAUGUAUCAAAAAUAU